AUGAUCGCGGUUGUCCACGGGUUGCCAAGACCGACGGCACGUCGUCUGACAGCUCUUCAGUUGGGAACGAAGACCGCAAGCGCCGCAGCAGCAGCUGGGCGAUGGAAACGCCACCGGAGAGGGCACUGGAGUCGUGCUGCUGGUACCCGGAGAGGCCACCCAUUAUCAUCGGUGGUUCACUCAGGUCGUGCCAGCGUGCUACUAGACCCCGCUCAAGAGGAUGUUGUUCUUCUCGACCUGGAGACCCCCGCGAUUCUCCUUACCGCAGGGGCGGGGACGGGGAAGACGCACACGUUGGCCGCAAGGCUGGCCCGUAUUUUAGGCGUCGAACCCCGAAGGCCUACGGAGUUGAGCGUCGAUAACCUGACGGCUGUGGAGAAAGCGGGAGCGGGGAUAGGAGCAGGCGUGGGGCGGUUAGGUCGGCUGCAUGUCUUUGGGGACGAGGGGGGGGCGGGGAAGGGGGGCCUUUGGGGACACCGCAGGGUCGCUGCUCAUGCAGCGGCGCCGGAGAGCGUUUUGGUGCUCUCCUUUACCAAGCAGGGAGCACAGGACGUCAGGGAACGCGCAAUCGCCGUGGGAGUGCCAAGAGCACAAGCUGAUAGGGUGUGGGCGGCGACUUUCCAUUCCUUCGCUGCUACGGUUCUCAAGCAAAACGGUCACCUUUUGUGGCCGGAAUCGGAGGAAUCAGACCUAGGCUGGUCUGCAGCUAGCUCGAGACGGCGUGCAACUUUCGGCUUGGACAUGAUCGGCCAUGCCGAACAGGUCGAUCUCGUUGCAAGGAUUCUCGCAGAUUCGGAUAGGGGGGGGUGGGAUAGCCGCGACGACCUUGCUGCAGCGUCAUACAAAGGUGACGCUGCGUUCGAGGGACCUUGGUCGGCAACAGCAGGCGGCAGGAGCAAUGGGUCUUGGGGCAUGCCGCCCACGAAGGAGGAACGGGGAAAGGAAACCGCGCAACGGAGGAAGGAGUUGGAGACGAGAGCAAAGACCGUGCUUUCAAGGAUAGGCGUUUGGAAGGAGCAAGGCAUCACCGUCGAAGAGCAUCGUUCAACAAAUAUGGAAGCGGACGACUACACGGAUGCAGCAGCUGCUGCUGUGUACCCCUCGUACCAGCAGCACCUCCGCAGGCGACGCCAGGUUGACUUCGGAGACCUCUGUUUGAUGGUGACCGAGCUCUUCACCCGACAUCCGGAGGUUCUCGAGCGGUAUCGGUGGCGCUUUCGCCACGUGCUGGUGGACGAAUACCAAGACACUAGCCCCGCGCAGCAACGCCUUCUCAAGGCGCUGGUGUCGGGCGUUCCUUCGAAGAGGCGUGCCGCCUCAGCAACGCCUGCCUCCAUUUCGCCGGAUCCGGCGGUCGCUAUCGGCGAGGGGGGGGACGGCGAAUGUUUCGGCGCCGCGGGUACCGGCAAGAGUGAGGGGCUAGAGCACCACCAGGGUCUGGGUGUGAGCCUGUUUUGCGCGGGAGACGAGGACCAGCACAUCUACGGGUGGAGAGGCACAACCGUGGAUCAUCUUCACAGGUUCGAGGAAGAUUUCCCGGGGGCCGUGAGGUGCGCCUUGACGGAGACCCACCGCCUACCCGUGCACGUGCUGCGGUCCGCGACGGGCCUCAUGCGAGCCGGCGGGCUCGUGCCCCUUCUCAACCGACGCAUGAGGACCAAGCAGCACACGCCCGGGGCGGUUGUGCGGGCGCAGGGUCUGUGGAACAGCCGCGAGGAGGGAAAGUGGGUCGCGCUGGAGGCUAGCAAGAUGAACCGGGAGCAAGGCAUCAGCUACAAGGACAUGGCGGUGAUAGCUCGAACGGCGUACAACACGAGGGAGUUGGAGGAAGCCUUGGCCGCUAGAGGAGUGCCAUACACUGUGGAAGGCGGAUCGUCGUUUUUUUCCAGAGGCGAGGUUCAGGCGCCGUUGGCGCUGCUGGCUCUCUGCGCAAACCCGCAGGAUGAUGAGGCGUUUCGACGUUUCAUUUCGCUCCGAUCGAAGACGCGUCUGCUUGACUGGGCGACCCCAUCGACGAUGCGGGGGGUCGGAGAGCUAGCGGUAGCGGACGGGGUUUCCUAUGCGGAAGGGGUACGUCUUUCCGUGAGCCGGGGACUCUUGAAGGGAGAAGAUUCUUCGAACUUCAUCUACGGUCUCAGAAGGUGGGCCUCCCUGUUGAUGGGGUGGCAAAGGCUGCACGAGGCCGAGCGGGGAGCUGCCGUCUGGCGAAUUUUCUGGGAGGCAGGGUUUCUACCUCGUCCGGUGGACGCCUCCUUCGCCCCCCACCGGGGAGGAGGAGGAGGCCCUGACCAGGAGUCGAUCGGCAAGCUGGCGACGGCGGCUUCGAGGUGCGACCACAUUGGACGGUUCCUGCUGAGGGCAGCGAGGGCUAGAGAGGAGACCGCCAACAAGAAGGCUGCGAGGAAGGGCGGUGAGGGGAGGGGGCGUGGGGGGAGGUGGGAAGGCACCACCGGGAAAAAAGACAAGCAGAGCACCACGCCGUCUUCUGAAGACGCCCUCGAGAUGAUGACCAUGCACCAGGCGAAGGGCCGCGAGUUCAAGGUGGUGUUCCUCACAGGCUGGGACGAGGGAAGCUUCCCGCUUCUACCAAACUCAGGAGAUGGGGAGCAUGCCGUCGAGAGCCUGGAGCGUGUGCAAGAGGAGCGAAGGCUUGGGUACGUAGCGCUGACCCGAGCCAGCGAGAACGUGAUAAUCACCUUUAGCAAGAAACGCCGCUUCAACGACGCCUGGAUAGAUUCCGCUGGGCCCUCCAGGUUUCUGCUCGAAAUGCCCACGGAAUACGUGGAGGUUUCGCCUGAUGCCAUCGGGCGAACGCUCAACGACUACCCGGGAUUUGCAGGAACCCACCGCCUGGCUUUUCACGGUAUGAUCGAAGCAGGCAAGCUUCGUCGAAGCCGCCCCGUCCUCAUGUCAGCUUCUGAAAUCGCCAAGAACGAAGAAGAUACUCCAAGAGGCGACGACCUGCCCUCGGGCUGCACUAUCCUUAACCGCAACCCUGCCCUCGCUCUCGCGAGCUCCGACUUCGUCAAGCCUCACCACAAGUCGGCCGAGGCGUCCGAUCUUGACGCUGCCAAGGCAAGCGACGGCAAGGGUAAUAGUCUGCUUGAAGCCGCGCGGCGUGCCGUCGGAGAGGUCGGUGGCAGUGCGUCAAAGGGAACCACGCCGUCGUCGUCCGUAGCGGAUGACAGUGCCGGAGCAGCUGGCCAAUCAGAGACCUCGACGAUACCGCCAACUUCUGCCCUAAACGGCCGGCCAACCCGUGACGAGAGCCCACCACCCAGAUCGGGGUCAAAGUCGAACGCGCUAGAGAUGGCAUGGUCCUCCGCCGAAGCUUUCCUGAGAUCGAUCGCUUCUGGCGGCGGACCGGGCGAGAAGAAGACGGAACGGUCCGGUCGAAAAGAGAGUCGCGUGGAUACCGCGAAGGUGGCUGGCACCCAGCCGGAAGCGCCCGGAAUGGCACCCGUACCGUUUGGAAGAGCAGGAGAGCCAUCAUCACCGGGGCGACCGCAGCACCGACAAGCGGGGGAGGGUGCUGCGCCGAAGGCGUCGCCGCUGCGGUACAACCCCGGGCCGACGUUCAGAAAAUCUCGAGGGCGGCGGAGGAAGGCUCUGCUGGAUCCGUCGGGGAUAACGGCCGAGGAGGUCGUUGGAGCCGACGAGCUGCUCGCGCUUCUGGGAGACUCUUCUCUUCAGCAGGCAUCCCUCAAGAACUAUCUUAGAGCGGUUCUCGCGAUCCAGCACGGAUGCGUCCGAGGAUCCAUCCCAGUCUGGCGGCCGGACGGCGGGAAGAAGGCAGCCAAGGGUGCUGCUUCCACCUCGGGCAAGGCCGCGUUGAGAGGGGGAUUGGCGGAGUCAGAGGCAACCGGACGCGCAGCGCUUUCGACUUGUUCCGCGCAGGACUUGACGAACUACAUCGUCACGCUCCUUGAUGCGAGGAACAAAGGGGGCGCGUGA